UAAAAAAUCGCCUAUCCCGUCGGUUUUCGGGAAAUGAGCAUCUCACAAUCGUUGCUAGCUUUUACUCGGCCCGUUGGCCGAUUAAUUUGCUUUAUAACCCUUUCAUCUUGUCGUCAUUGUGUUUUCCGAUUUUUGUCAGGCUAUGAUAAAAUCUAAGGAAAUCAAGAACGAAUAACACGAUUUAAGGCUAUGAUCAAAUUAGAAGACUUAGAAUGACCAAAUUAGCCCUCCGCAAUUUACUCUCAUGGCUACCUUUUUUGAAUGGUGGAAAUCUCAACCUUUAAAACGUAUUAUUAUUAGUUGUGUUGAUUGAUUUUGACAGAUUGUAAAGAUAAACAUUAUGUUAGGUUGAACCAACCGACUCAACCACAACAUGAUCACAACCGGUCUAACCGAUUGGUUGCCUCCUAGUUUUUAGAAGAAAUUGAGAAAACGAAAAAAAUAUCUCUCCGUCACUGCUACUCAUUACAGCGCAUGGAGUGGAGUCGGAGGCGGCAACCAACAAUAGCAAUCCAAGGAACCGAGGAUGGGCCACCGUACUAAAAAUGGGGGAUGUAAUUUGACCCACCAACCGAAAUCUCGUCCUAAGCAGACAAAAGGAGAAGGAUCGAACAGAAGUUAGUCCAUUAAGCUAGAGACAGAGAGAAAGAGAGAGAGAGAGAGAGAGAGAGAGAGAGAGAGAGGAGGAGGAAGAGCAGUAGAGCACAGAAGAAGAGUGACAAUCAUCAAUGCAAAAAAAAAAUGGAGCUCUCAAGAAAAGCUCUCACUUUCCCCUCCUUCUCCCAACCCCCUCGUUAUCGUAAUCGGUUUCUUCAAUCCAAACCCAUGAAAAUUUAGGACCAAAAUUGAUCUUCUUUUCGGCCCGCGAAUUCCUCCGUCUUCGCUCGCCGCUUCAGUUUCUGUUCACAUUUGCGUGUAAAUCCCACUCUCCCUGUCUCUACAACUGGAAUUCGCUUUCCAUGCCGCCCAGUUCCCAAAGUUUCAGUCUUUUCCCUUAAUACUGAGCUACAUUGUGAACCCAGGGGAAGAAAAAGGGGACAAAAGUAUAAUUUGAUUGUCGGCGAUGGCGGAAAGUGGGGAUGUGAGCCGACUGAGAGUUGGGUUGCUGUUGAUUCUGUGUUUCCUGAGACGGGUUCACGCCGUUACGGAUCCUAACGACUUCAAAGUGCUGAUGGAUUUCAAGAAGGGGCUGAAAAACCCAGAGCUUCUCCGGUGGCCGGAGAACGGCGGCGACGAUGACCCGUGUGGCCCGCCGUUGUGGCCCCACGUGUUCUGCGCCGACGGGAGGGUGACUCAGAUUCAGGUCCAGAAUAUGAGCCUCGUGGGUUCACUGCCGGAGAAUUUCAACCAGCUCACCAAGCUUUACAAUUUGGGCCUCCAGAGGAACGAUUUCGCCGGCAAGCUGCCCACUUUCAGAGGUUUAUCCGAAUUGCAAUACGCCUUUUUGGAUUUCAAUCAUUUCGACGCGAUUCCUUUUGAUUUCUUCGAUGGGUUAGCCAGCAUUCGAGUUCUCUCCUUGGAUAACAACCCUUUGAACCGCACCGCCGGUUGGUCUUUCCCGGCUGCCUUGGAAGGUUCCAGUCAGCUGACCAAUCUGUCCAUUUCCAAUUGCAGCUUGGUCGGGACAUUGCCUGAUUUCAUAGGGAAAAUGCCGCUUCUGAACUCUCUGAGGCUUUCUUACAACCAGUUGGUAGGCGAAAUCCCUGCGAGUUUCGGGCAGUCUUCGAUGACGGUUCUGUGGCUGAAUAACCAGGAGGGAGGGGGGUUGAGUGGUACAUUGGAUGUUGUUAGUGAAAUGACUUCAUUGACAGAACUCUGGCUUCAGGGGAAUUCUAUCAGUGGGAGGAUUCCUGAUGGUAUUGGAGCUCUUGUACUGCUGAAAAGGCUCAAUCUCAAUGGAAACAAGCUAGCUGGUGUGAUUCCUCAGGGAUUGGCUGAUCUUGAGCUUGAAAACCUGGACUUGAACAACAAUCACUUCAUGGGUCCAAUCCCAAAGUUCAAGGCAAGCAAGGUUAGUUAUGAUUCCAAUUCAUUUUGUCAAUCUAAACCAGGGCUUUCAUGUGCCGAGGAUGUCAAUGUGCUGUUAGAUUUCGUUGCUGAUUUGAAUUAUCCUGUGAGCAUUACUUCUGAAUGGAGUGGCAAUGAUCCAUGUGGAGUGCCAUGGCCUGGGUUGAACUGUGAUGCUAACUCAAAAGUCUCUGUGAUCAACUUGCCUAGACGGAAUCUAACUGGUACUCUCAGCCCUUCUCUAGCUAAGCUCACUUCAUUGCUUCAUGUCAAUCUACAAGGAAACAAUAUAACCGGUUCGAUUCCAGAAAAUUUCACUAGUUUGGAGGCCUUAAGAGUGCUGGAUGUUAGUGGCAACAAUCUAAGUCCUCCAUUACCCAAAUUCCAUGAUGGUGUUAAGCUUGUCAUCGAUGGAAACCCUCUUCUGGUCAAUAAAGGUCCGCCCCUUUCCUCUCCUAUUGGCACUCCACUUCCUCCAAGUUCACAAGCUACUCCACCAGGGAGGAAGCCAAUUAUAAGGUCACCACCAUCGUCUUCUAGUAUGCCAUCUUCAGCCAAUUCAACUGUCCAAGUGAAGGAAAGAUCGAACGGGAACAAACUGGUUAUCAUAGCUGGCAGCGUGGCAGUCGCAAGUAACUAUACUGGGAGAUUGUCCAACACUUCACUGAGUAGCGGUACAACUGAGGGCUCUCGUAUGAUGGACUCUGGAGGCAUGGUGUUAUCAGUCCAAGUUCUUAAGAAGGUGACCAAUGACUUUGACCCAGAGAAUGAGCUUGGCCACGGAGGAUUUGGAACUGUCUACAAAGGUCAACUAGAAGAUGGGACAAUGAUAGCUGUCAAGAGAAUGGAGGCUGGUGUGAUCAACAGCAAAGCCCAUGGUGAGUUUGAAGCUGAGAUAGCUGUUCUUUCUAAAGCUCGCCAUCGCCACUUAGUCUCGCUUUUGGGGUACGCUAUCGGAGGAUGUGAGAGGCUACUUGUCUAUGAGUAUAUGUCUCAAGGUGCUCUGAGUAGACAUCUUUUCCAAUGGAAGAAGUUUAACUUGGACCCUCUUUCUUGGACGAGAAGACUGAGCAUUGCGCUUGAUGUUGCUAGAGGAAUGGAGUACCUUCAUAGCAUGGCUAGGGAGACGUUUAUUCACCGAGAUCUCAAGUCGUCCAACAUUCUUCUGGGGGAGGAUUUUCGCGCCAAGGUCUCGGAUUUUGGGUUGGUGAAGCUUGCUCGGAAUGGACAUGAUUCUGUUGCUACUAAGCUCGCCGGAACAUUUGGAUAUCUUGCACCUGAAUAUGCUGUAACUGGAAAGAUCACGACGAAAUCCGACGUCUUCAGCUACGGAGUGGUGCUGAUGGAGCUCCUGACAGGGCUAACCGCGCUGAACGAAGAGCGUGCUGAGGAAACCCGGUACCUGCCAGACUGGUUUCGGCACAUCAGAUCAGACCGAGACAAGAUGAUGAACGCCAUCGACCCAUCGCUUGAGAAGACCGAAGAAACAAUCGAGAGCAUCGCGAUCGUGGUCGAGCUGGCAGGCCACUGCACCGCGAGAGAGCCCAGCCAGAGGCCCGACAUGAGUCACGCGGUGAACGUUCUUGCACCGCUCGUGGAGAAGUGGAAGCCAACCGAGGACAUCUCUCAGAACUUUGCCGGGAUGGAUCUCCAUGCUCCCUUAAUGCAGAUACUGAAAGUCUGGCAUGAUAAAGGCACGACGAGCUCUUCGGAAGAAGCUUCUUCGACUUCGGUGAGCUACUGUGGUGAUAGCAAGAGCAGCCACUCUGCUGGCGCGACCUGGUGUCCUGACUCCUUCAAUUCUGGUAAUUGUCGAUAAGUCAUUGUAUGUGCUUCAGUUUGUGCUAUGAUCCUGUCAAUGUCUCGUUGUAUCGGAUAUAUCACCAGGUUUUGAGAUGUGGAGAAUGCGACAUUUUGGUUUUAUGGCGUUGGUGGACGGUGGUGGAUGUAGAUAGAUAGAGACUAGACAUGCCCGUUUGUUGUUGAUUUCAUAUUAGUUUUGUUUUCGUUGGUUGAGUUGGCUAGUUUACUUUCAUAACAAGUUCCUUGAAGGUUGUGAUCGAAUUCGACUUGUUUUCUCUUUGUUUAUCUAAUGUGAUGCUUUCGCUGUAUGCUGCACUUGAUCUAUACACAACCGACUGGACUCAACCCGAGAUUUGCUCUCGUCGAAGCGAUGCAAUGUUUGGUUAAUGUACUUGGAAAGUUCAUUUAUGUCAUAUCUACUACAAGGAACACGUUCGUGGCUAAUCAUUUUGCCUACUGAUGAUCCAUUUUAGAGUUGACGUUCAUUUCAUUGGCAGUCUCGACUCAAGUGCUAUGUUAUUCGACGUUCUCCCAAAUUUUAGAUUCGACGGUGCGACUCAAUCCUCGUACAAUUGGGUAUUGGUGUUGCGAUUUAAUUGGAGAGUAGGUGUCACAAUCAAAUCAAUCUCCAUCCAUGGGACAAAAGUUUGGCGUAUGGUUCAUAAUGUUUUAGUUAGACAAGUGAAGAAAUAUGAAAGAGAGGGCUUGCCAUGUGCAGCUCUGCAGUGUGUCCUAUAAAUUGCAGUGCCACUC